AUUUUUUAGUGGGAAUAAAUGGAGAGAGAAAGACAGAAUCCUUUUGAAAGAAAGGAUGGAUUAGGGAAGGAUAAUAGGCCUUAUGUAGAGUCAGAGGUGGUUUAUAUGGAAAGAAGAGUAUUAGCGAGGGUUAAUAAGUCUGUCAUGCAGAAGUUUAGAAAAUUGAAGAUGAAUCAGGAUAUUAUUUUUUGUUUUGACCAUUCUAUUGAUGAGAGAGGUAUCAAAGACUCUUCGUUCUGUUAUCCUGUAGACUCGAGAGGAUGAUUAAAUCUGGUUUUGCUCUUUUGGUUUAAAAUUCCUAAAAAGCGAUUUAUGAAAUAAAUUAUAUCAGCAAUACUUUGGGAAGCUGAAAAAGAUUGAAUUGAAUGGAUUCAUUAGAAAUUGCUCUUAUGGUGUUAAUAUGAUUGAUUUUUAUAAAUUUAUAAAGAUUAGCUUGAAUGUGAGCAAACAGAUUACUAUUUUUGGUCAAGCUAUUUCUUUCAAAAACUUUGCUGCUCUACUAAUGACCAAUGGUCAAAUUGAGCAAUGGUCUUUCUACGACUGUGAAAUUAAAGGAAGCCCCAUAAAACUAAGCAAGGGGGCAUUAUCAGCUCCAAAACAUGAGACAAAAGUCAGGAUCUUCCAACUAUACUAUUUUAACCUCGCGUUAUAUAGCUUCCUUUAUGCUCCAGAUUACCUUGAAGAUAUACUAAGCUUUCUAGCACAGUGCCCGCAUACGAGAGAUUUGGAACUGAUCCCAUUUGAAGACUUCUAUUUUUCUUCUGAAGGAAAUACCCUGAAGGCUAAAUAUGGAGCUUAUAGUGGCAUUGAAUUAAGGCGAUAAGUGACUUUCAAAAUGG